GGGACCCUUCCGAAAGACCGACAACUUAGUCAACGUUAUAGAUACUCCGUACUUCUCAUUUAUAGUAACUGAAGUCUCGACCGCAUCCUCUCUCACUUUGGUUGGCUCAUUCACGCCGAAACGUCUUAGCAACCACAAAUAGGAAUCCAUUAGCGGCUGCGCUAGAGUUUUUCUCGUUUCUCCUCGGUGUUCUGUGGCCUUUCUUUCCUCGUUCUUUAUGUUGAUCCUUUACUAUAUCCCUGAGUCACUUGGUCUUUUAAUGUCGGAUCUGCCCGCCACACCAGAUUGGGAGCAUUUUUGGUCCCUUUCUCCUCAACAGGGCGGCCAAAUCCUCGCCUGUUAAGUCAAGUCUGAUCCAAUUUCAUUCUCGACGGGCCGUGCAUUCUUACAUCGUGAAGAAUGAAGGCGCUUUCUAAUCCCAUUGAAGACCGGGAUCAACAUGAUACCCACACACCCAGCAAUGGUCAGAUUGUAACGGGCGACAAAAUAGCUCCGGUGGAGUUGGACCCUAGCUUGGCGGACACCGACACUUCGAACCACCAUCGUCAAUCUUCAGAGGAAAGGCAUCCGGAUGAAUCGAACGGUGAUGGAACGAUGGAAAAAGUCGCAACCGGCGCCUCGCUGGGCCGAGUGCCUUCCCAGGCGCAGAAGCUGGGGAAGAAGAAGAUCGUUGUUGUCAUGGCGGCGCUUUGUUUAGUCCUGUUCCUAGCAGCUUUAGAUAUGACAAUCAUUUCCACGGCCCUGCCAACAAUGGCCUCUCAUUUCAAUGCCUCGGAGAGUGGAUAUUCAUGGAUGGCUUCGUCGUAUAUGCUUGCUAAUGCUGCCGCGGUGCCUCUCUGGGGUAAAAUUAGUGACAUCUGGGGCAGAAAGCGGAUUCUGUUGCUGGCCAAUUUUACUUUCCUCGUAGGUAGUUUGAUCUGCGCGUUGGCUAUUAAUCUGCCGAUGAUUCUGGUGGGUAGAGCCAUUCAAGGUGUUGGAGGUGGGGGUAUCAUCGUGUUGGUGAAUAUCUGUGUCUCUGAUUUGUUCAGUGUCCGAGAACGGCCGAUGUAUUACGGUCUUUUCGGAUCUACAUGGGCAAUCGCAGGUGCUCUAGGCCCUAUCGUUGGAGGCGCCUUCACUACCAACGUUACUUGGCGUUGGUGUUUCUAUAUAAAUUUGCCCAUUGGAGGCGUCUCGUUUGUGAUCCUCGUUCUGUUCCUUAAGAUCGAGGCUGAAAAAACCCCGCUUCUAGCCGGUCUAAAAGCCAUUGAUUGGAUAGGUAUCGUCUUGAUCAUGGGAGGGACGCUCAUGUUCUUGUUUGGUCUGGAGUACGGUGGCAUCACUUACCCUUGGGACUCAGCCACUGUCAUCUGCCUCAUCGUCUUCGGAGUAGUAGCGUGGGCCAUCGCUAUGGUGGUUGAAUGGAAGGUCGCAAAAUACCCCGUUAUACCGAUCCGUCUCUUCACGAAUUGGCACAACAUCCUGGUCCUCCUCGUCUGCUUCUGCCACAGUUUCGUGUUUAUCGCAGGCUCCUACUACCUCCCGCUCUAUUUUCAGACUGUACUUCUCGCCAACCCUAUAAUGAGCGGUGUCUACGUGCUUCCGAACGUUCUCAGCCUUUCAUUCACUUCCGCAUGCACUGGUUUUAUCAUUAAAAAGACCGGCCGCUACCGCGAGCUUAUCGUGGGUGGAUUAUUCUUCAUGACUCUCGGCUACGGACUCCUCAUUGACCUGAAAUACUACGCCUCGUGGCCUCGUAUCAUCAUUUAUCAACUAAUCGCCGGCUUUGGCUCCGGCCCCGUUUUCCAGGCACCCCUCGUUGCCCUCCAGGCUAACAUCCACCGUGGUGACGUCGCCGCCGGAACCUCCACGUUCGGCUUCCUUCGCCAAACCUCCGCCGCCAUGUCCAUCGUCCUCGGUACCGUCGUGUAUCAAAAUGUCCUCCGCCAGCAAAUGCCUAAGAUCUCAACCGCGAUCGGGCCCGAGAAAGCCACCGCGCUCGCGUCCUCCUUCUCCGGUUCUCAGGGCGACCUCAUUAGAGCACUCCCGGAAGUCCAAAAGAAUGUCGUCCUAAAAUCAUACACCUUCACCCUGAGCCGGAUGUGGAUCUUCUACACGGCCAUCAUCGGCUUCGGACUACUAGUCAGUCUACUCAUCAGACCCGUCGUGCUCAGCAAGGCACACACAUUCACCAAGACGGGUCUAGCAGAGCAAGAACGCGCAAGACAGGAGAUCCUAGCCGCGCAAAGAGGCGACCCUCAGCCCGAAUCCAAGGAGACCGUAUAAGACCCCCCUCCCUUCUUUUCUUUUCAUAAACAUACACGCUACAGUCUACACGCAUAAUAAACCCUUCUUGCUCUUUUCUUCAAGACUGACGUCCCCUAUCCCCAUAAUGAUUGAGUUGCCAAUACUCCUGGUGGGUAUUAUGAGCAUGUUCAGACCAUGAAAAGAGAAAAAAAAAAAAAAGUUUACUGGUUUUUGCUUAUUGAAUUACCUUAAUGUCUUGCUAUACCCACUUCAACAUGGAUCUUUGGAGUUGCUUGAUAGCUGGAGUUACUGAAAUUAUGUAUAUUAUAUUGGAAAAUGAUGAACUGGAGUAAAUACAUACAUGCAUACAGAUU